AUGCAUUACUCAACCGUCGCCACCUUCCUCACUCUAGCUGGUCUCUUUACCACCGGAUCAGCAUCGUGCUACGGCACUGGCGAGAUAGGCAACUAUGGCAAAAACCUCGAUGCAGUCAACGGCCUACAAACAGCUUGUUAUCUCCUGACUGGCACUUAUGUCGGGGGCGAGUCACGAAUGACCUGCGUCGAGGAGAGUGGUACCGGAGUCAAAUGGAGCUUUGAUUUGAAGCACAUCUCUGGUGGCUCUCGCUAUAUUGGGCUAAAUGAGUGCUUGAGCGGAAUGUCCAAGGAGGCUCAUGGCUGCUAUCGCGGUGGUGACUCCAAGUACUGGAACUGGGAAUACAAGGCCGACCCUAACACCGGCAGCUGCAAUGAGAUCCCCAUCUAG